AUGCACACUUUAAAGAAACAAAGGGAAAAUCAAAAGGAAGUAGUGACAGGAAAUGUUGGCAUUAUCAUAUAUAAUGUUAGGAUCAAGGAGGAGGAUAGUAAUACGAAAGGACCGAAACCAACGCCAAAGCGAACUCCAAAACCAACCCCGAGCCCCGGCUCCAAAGGCAAGUGCUCUAUUGAUACUCUCAAAUUAGGUGUUUGUGCUAAUGUUCUUGGCAAUUUACUUGGAGUUGUAAUUGGAAAUCCAUCAAAGAAACCUUGUUGUUCUCUCAUUCAAGGACUUGUUGAUCUUGAUGCUGCUCUUUGUUUAUGCACUGCCAUUAAAGCAAAUAUUCUUGGAAUCAACCUUAAUGUCCCUAUUUCCCUAAGCCUUCUUCUCUGUGCUUGUGGCAAAAAAGUUCCAUCUGGCUUCCAAUGUCCUAAAUGAACAACUAGCUAUGAAUUUCUCAUGUAAGAAUAAUUCCAGUGUGUGGUAACUCUUUGUUGUUAUGGUUAUGUAGUAAGUGGAAUUGAUUAGUAUCUUGAAAUAAGUUACCUUUUUGUAUUUCAUAAUAUACGCUUGAUUUUGUAAUUCACAAUAUAAAAGUCUAUUUGUUGUAAGGUUUUCAUUUUUCUUUUAUCCUUAUAUAUGUGGAGAAAUGUGUAUUGUUUUUCAUUAUGUGUAUAUGUUUAUGAAUAUGCUCUGUUCAUAGUUGAAUUGGAGUUAUUA